GUCUCUGUGUGUCUCACUCUGUGUCUCUGUGUGUCUCACUCUGUGUCUCUGUGUGUCUGUGUGUCUCAGAUCUGUGGGGACCCGUUGACCCAGCUGGACGUGGACAACGAUGUCUCCGUGUCUCUGUGUGUCUCUGUGUGUCUCACUCUGUGUCUCUCUGUGUGUCUCAGAUCUGUGGGGACCCGUUGACCCAGCUGGACGUAGACAACGAUGUCUCCGUGUCUCUGUGUGUCUCUGUGUGUCUCACUCUGUGUCUCUCUGUGUGUCUCUGUGUCUCACUCUGUGUCUCUCUGUGUGUCUCAGAUCUGUGGGGACCCGUUGACCCAGCUGGACGUGGACAACGAUGUCUCCGUGUCUCCGCGUCUCCACCUGCUGCGCUGUCUCUGUGUCUCUGUGUGUCUCACUCUGUGUCUCUGUGUCUCUGUGUGUCUCACUCUGUGUCUCUGUGUCUCACUCUGUGUCUCUGUGUGUCUCAGAUCUGUGGGGACCCGUUGACCCAGCUGGACGUGGACAACGAUGUCUCCGUGUCUCCGCGUCUCCACCUGCUGCGCUGUCUCUGUGUCUCUGUGUCUCACUCUGUGUCUCUGUGUGUCUCUGUGUGUCUCACUCUGUGUGUCUCCCUGUGUCUCUGUGUGUCUCAGAUCUGUGGGGACCCGUUGACCCAGCUGGACGUAGACAACGAUGUCUCCGUGUCUCCGCGUCUCCACCUGCUGCGCUGUCUCUGUGUCUCUGUGUGUCUCACUCUGUGUGUCUCUGUGUCUCUGUGUCUCUGUGUCUCUGUGUGUCUCACUCUGUGUCUCUGUGUCUCUGUGUGUCUCAGAUCUGUGGGGACCCGUUGACCCAGCUGGACGUAGACAACGAUGUCUCCGUGUCUCCGCGUCUCCACCUGCUGCGCUGUCUCUGUGUCUCUGUGUGUCUCACUCUGUGUGUCUCUGUGUCUCUGUGUCUCUGUGUCUCUGUGUGUCUCACUCUGUGUCUCUGUGUCUCUGUGUGUCUCAGAUCUGUGGGGACCCGUUGACCCAGCUGGACGUGGACAACGAUGUCUCCGUGUCUCCGCGUCUCCACCUGCUGCGCUGUCUCUGUGUCUCUGUGUGUCUCACUCUGUGUCUCUGUGUCUCUGUGUCUCUGUGUCUCUGUGUCUCUGUGUGUCUCAGAUCUGUGGGGACCCGUUGACCCAGCUGGACGUGGACAACGAUGUCUCUGUGUCUCCGCGUCUCCACCUGCUGCGCUGUCUCUGUGUCUCUGUGUGUCUCUGUGUCUCUGUGUCUCUGUGUGUCUCUGUGUGUCUGUGUCUCUGUGUGUCUCAGAUCUGUGGGGACCCGUUGACCCAGCUGGACGUGGACAACGAUGUCUCCGUGUCUCCGCGUCUCCACCUGCUGCGCUGUCUCUGUGUCUCUGUGUGUCUCACUCUGUGUCUCUGUGUCUCUGUGUCUCUGUGUCUCUCUGUGUCUCUGUGUGUCUCAGAUCUGUGGGGACCCGUUGACCCAGCUGGACGUGGACAACGAUGUCUCCGUGUCUCCGCGUCUCCACCUGCUGCGCUGUCUCCGUCUCGGCCGCCCGCUGUGGGACGCCGUGACCGUGUCACCGGUCCUCGCCGCCACGGGGAACACCGAGGUGGUGAGCGUGGUGAGCGAGGACCGCACGCUCCUGGCCUUCUCGCCAUGCGGGCGCCGUGUGUGUCCACCGCUGGUCCUCACCGCCUCACCAGCGGCGCUCACCAGCAACGCUUGGCUCACCAUGGCCAUCACCACCACCGCCUGCGUCUCUGUCUGGGACCUCAAGAGCGGCCGCGUCAUCGUGGACAACCGAUCGAUGGCUCCCAUCAUGCACGGAGGGGAGUCUCUGGCUGCUGGGGGCUGCACUUUGACCCCGGAGGGUCGCCCCGUGGUGUCCCUGAGCAACGGACGCACCUACUGCUACAGCAGCAGCCUGCACUGCUGGACGUUGAUCUGUGACCGCCACGAUGUGCUGCCCCUGUGCUAGGAGUGGUGAAUGAUGUUGUUUAGUUGUUGUUUAGUUGUUGUUGUAUAGUAGUUGUUGUUGUUUAGUUCUAGUUGUUGUUGUUUAGUUGUUGUAUAGUUGUUGUUGUAUAGUUGUAGUUGUUGUUGUUUAGUUGUAUAGUUGUUGUUGUAUAGUUGUUGUAUAGUUGUUGUAGUUGUUGUUGUAGUUGUUGUUGUUGUUUACAGGACGUUGAUCUGUGACCGCCACGAUGUGCUGCCCCUGUGCUAGGAGUGGUGAAUGAUGUUGUUUAGUUGUUGUUUAGUUGUUGUUGUAUAGUAGUUGUUGUUGUUUAGUUCUAGUUGUUGUUGUUUAGUUGUUGUAUAGUUGUUGUUGUAUAGUUG